AUGAAAAUAUCUUCAACUGGAACACCAGGAUUUAAAAAACAACCUUCACUUGAAUCAUACAAUGGUCUAAAGAAAUCAGGAAUAUCAGAAUUGUUUUGUUUUAUUCUUGAUAAAGUUCUCUCAAAUGAUGUAGUAGUGGUAGUGGUAGAUGUUGAAGAUCCAUCCGAUGAUUGUGAUUGA